AUGAGAUGCGACGCGGCAAGCUUUGGUAAGAAAGACAAAGGCAACUACCAAUCAUUUGCAAAAGGCUCUAUACCCACCUCAUAUGUUUGUCAAAGCCGAAUAGGUGGCAUGUCACUGAGACUCGGUUGCAAGUGCCGACUUGGAAAGUGCCCCCACAGCGCACUGGUGCGGAACCAGACUGUGUAG